AUGUGGCAAAGCAAGGUUGAUGGCGUAUCGCCAAAGAAAGAUUCUUUCCAAGUGUAUCGUCUUGACAAAGAGGAUGAAUCAAAAGCUUCAAACCCGGUAGCUGAAAAAAAAAUCGACUUAGAUGACCCAUUUGUUCAAAGGAUAAAAUCAGGAUCAAAAGAAUCACCCUCCAAAAGCACCAUAAACUCCAAAACAUUCGCCUCUUUGAGCCGGAGAGAGAGAACUCCAAAGACCAGCAUCAGAAAAUCCGAUGACCCUUUCAUAGAUAAUGAUCCAGCAGCUAAACCUGUCAAAGAACUCAAAAUGAACUCGCCAUUCUUGAAGAAACAAAAAGCAGAUGUACCUUCUCAAGAUAAUUCAACUAGCGCCAACAACAGCUCAAUUUUAAAGCAAGAUCAUUCUCAAGAUCAAUCAAUCAGUGAUGUAUCUACUAAACAAGAUUUGAAGUCUAAACAGCCAGUAAAAUCAAACAAAUUACCACAUGCAGAACUUACAAGGCCUCCAUCAGAUGAUGAUGUACCCUUAGAAAUAUUGGAAGAAAUGGAAAAAGUUAUUGAAACCUUUGAGAACUUGGAUAAAAAAUAUAGACUUAUCGAUAAGAUUGGUGAAGGUACUUUUUCAACUGUUUAUAAAGCAGAGGAUAUUACUGGUAAGACAAGAUAUCUCAUGGGUGAUUCAAUAUGGAGCUCUCCUGAUAUUAAGAAGAGAAAAACUCAUAAAAAACCCUCCACUGUAUAUGUUGCAUUGAAAAGAAUUUAUGUCACAUCUUCACCACAAAGAAUUUUCAAUGAGUUGAACUUGUUAUACAUAUUAUCAGGUUCAUCAAGAAUAGCACCACUUCUAGAGGCGUUGAGAUUUCAAGAUCAAAUUAUUGCAGUAUUACCAUAUUAUGCACACUCAGAUUUUAGAGAAUUUUUCAGAGAUUUACCUCUUGAAGGUAUCAAAGUUUAUAUGUUUGAAAUGUUUGAAGCCUUAAAUUUUGUUCAUGAUAAAAAGAUCAUCCAUAGAGAUAUUAAACCAACAAAUUUCCUUUAUGAUCCUUUCAAGAAAAGAGGUGUUCUUGUUGAUUUUGGUUUAGCCGAGCAAGAGUUCCCGCCUACCACACAUGACACAAAUGCUGUAAAUUAUUGUCCAUGUGUUAAUCGUGAACGGUAUGCUAAUGUUGAUGUUGUUAAAGGGUAUCCAAAGGAUGAUCCAAGACCAGGUAGAAGAGCUAAUAGAGCUGGUACCAGGGGGUUUAGAGCUCCUGAAGUUUUGUUUAAAUGCCCAAACCAAAGCAGAAAGAUUGAUAUCUGGUCUGCAGGUGUAAUAUUAUUAACCCUACUCACUAGAAGGUUUCCCUUUUUCAAUUCUCCUGAUGAUAUAGAUGCGUUGGUUGAACUAACAACCAUCUUUGGUUUAAGAAAAAUGCAAGAAUGUGCUCAUAUUCAUGGUCUAGGAUUGGAUUCAAGUUUCCUUAAUUUUGGAUCGUCCCUGAGUAUCGAGGAAUUGAUACAUUGGUGUCUCAUGAUGGAACACGAAAUGGAAACACUACCUAUUGAUAGUGUUGGGUAUGAUACUUUAAGAAUAUUUGAUGAAGAUGGACAUAUUGUCUAUAAUGAAGAAGAUACAGAAAGGGAUAUAAAAUUCAAGAAGCAACACCAGGAUGCAAUUGAGGUUAUCAAACAUUGUUUUGAACUAGAUUCUUGGAAAAGAAGUACAGCUAAAACUAUCUUAAGCUUACCAUUUUUCAAAUCUUUGACUGGUGAAGAUGAUGACGAUGAGGUUUUAAUCUUGUGA